ACGUGCGCGGCGCCGCCCCGGCGAGAGGACGUUGCGUGCUCGCUCGCGCCGGGCGAGUCUCCGCGUCUCGCCUCGCGAACUCGGUGAAAGGAAUUGGCGCCGUUCGACACCAGGCGGGUCCGUUCUGCAGCAGCACUCAGCCAUCUCCAGCCGCAGCCGCCGCCCGGGCCGACCAGCAGCCGCCGCCACAGGCCGAGGGAGCCAGCAGUCAGCGGGGAACCGGGGCCCUCAACAUGAGUUCUUCGCCUGUUAAUGUCAAGAAGCUGAAGGUGUCGGAGCUGAAGGAGGAGCUCAAGAAGCGGCGCCUCUCCGACAAGGGCCUCAAGGCCGAUCUCAUGGAUCGACUCCAGGCCGCGCUGGACAACGAGGCCGGAGGCAGGCCCGCCAUGGAGCCCGGGAACGGCAGCCUCGACCUGGGUGGCGAUGCGGCCGGGCGCUCGGGAGCGGGCCUAGAGCAGGAGGCCGCGGCCGGCGCCGAAGACGACGAGGAGGAGGAGGGCAUCGCCGCUCUGGACGGCGACCAGAUGGAGCUGGGCGAGGAGAACGGGGCGGCGGGGGCGGCUGACGCGGGCGCGAUGGAGGAGGAGGAGGCGGCGUCGGAAGACGAGAACGGCGACGACCAGGGCUUCCAGGAGGGGGAGGACGAGCUCGGCGACGAGGAGGAGGGCGCGGGCGACGAGAACGGUCACGGGGAGCAGCAGUCCCAACCGCCGGCGGCGGCGGCGGCGGCGCAGCAGCCUUCCCAGCAGCGUGGUGCCGGCAAGGAGGCCGCGGGCAAGAGCAGCGGCCCCACCUCGCUCUUCGCGGUGACGGUGGCGCCGCCAGGGGCGAGGCAGGGCCAACAGCAGGCGGGAGGAGACGGCAAAACAGAACAGAAAGGCGGAGAUAAAAAAAGAGGCGUUAAAAGACCGCGAGAAGAUCAUGGCCGAGGGUAUUUUGAGUACAUUGAAGAAAACAAGUACAGCAGAGCCAAGUCUCCUCAGCCACCUGUUGAAGAAGAAGACGAACACUUCGAUGACACAGUGGUUUGUCUUGAUACUUAUAAUUGUGAUCUGCAUUUUAAAAUCUCGAGAGACCGUCUGAGUGCUUCUUCCCUUACUAUGGAGAGUUUUGCUUUCCUGUGGGCUGGAGGAAGAGCUUCUUAUGGCGUGUCAAAAGGCAAAGUCUGCUUUGAGAUGAAGGUAACGGAGAAGAUUCCAGUAAGACACUUAUAUACAAAAGAUAUUGAUAUACAUGAAGUUCGGAUUGGCUGGUCGCUAACCACAAGUGGAAUGUUGCUUGGUGAAGAAGAAUUUUCUUACGGGUAUUCUCUGAAAGGAAUAAAAACAUGCAACUGUGAGACAGAAGAUUAUGGGGAGAAGUUUGAUGAAAAUGAUGUGAUUACAUGCUUUGCUAACUUUGAAACUGAUGAAGUUGAACUUUCUUAUGCGAAGAAUGGACAAGAUCUUGGUGUUGCCUUUAAGAUCAGUAAGGAAGUUCUCGCUGACCGGCCACUAUUCCCACAUGUUCUCUGCCAUAACUGUGCAGUUGAAUUUAAUUUCGGUCAAAAGGAAAAGCCAUACUUCCCAAUACCUGAAGAUUGUACUUUUAUCCAAAAUGUCCCCUUAGAGGACCGAGUUAGAGGACCAAAAGGACCUGAAGAGAAGAAGGAUUGUGAAGUUGUAAUGAUGAUUGGCUUGCCAGGAGCUGGAAAAACUACCUGGGUUACUAAACAUGCAGCUGAAAACCCUGGGAAAUACAACAUUCUUGGAACAAAUACUAUUAUGGAUAAAAUGAUGGUGGCAGGUUUUAAGAAGCAAAUGGCAGAUACUGGAAAACUGAACACACUGCUGCAGAGAGCCCCACAGUGUCUUGGAAAGUUUAUUGAGAUUGGUGCAAGUAAGAAGCGAAAUUUUAUUCUGGAUCAGACAAAUGUGUCUGCUGCUGCCCAGAGAAGAAAAAUGUGCCUGUUUGCAGGCUUUCAGCGGAAAGCUGUUGUAGUGUGCCCAAAAGAUGAAGACUAUAAGCAGAGGACACAGAAGAAGGCGGAAGUAGAGGGAAAGGACCUACCAGAACAUGCUGUCCUCAAGAUGAAAGGAAACUUCACCCUUCCAGAGGUUGCAGAAUGCUUUGAUGAAAUAACCUAUGUUGAACUUCAGAAGGAGGAAGCCCAAAAGCUUUUGGAGCAAUAUAAAGAAGAAAGCAAAAAGGCACUGCCACCAGAAAAGAAGCAAAACACUGGCUCAAAGAAAAGCAAUAAAAGUAAGAGUGGCAAGAAUCAGUUCAACAGAGGUGGUGGCCAUAGAGGACGUGGAGGAUUCAAUAUGCGAGGUGGCAAUUUCAGAGGAGGAGCUCCUGGGAAUCGUGGUGGAUAUAAUAGGAGAGGCAACAUGCCACAGAGAGGUGGUGGUGGCAGAACUGGUGGAAUUGGCUAUCCAUAUCCGCGUGGCCCUGUUUUUCCUGGCCGAGGUGGUUAUUCAAACAGAGGGAAUUACAACAGAGGUGGAAUGCCCAACAGAGGGAACUAUAACCAGAACUUCAGAGGACGAGGAAAUAAUCGUGGCUACAAAAAUCAAUCUCAGGGCUACAACCAGUGGCAGCAGGGUCAAUUCUGGGGUCAGAAGCCAUGGAGUCAGCAUUAUCACCAAGGAUAUUAUUGAAUACCCAAAUAAAACGAACUGAUGCAUAUUUCUCCAAAACCUUCACAAGAAGUCGACUGUUUUCUUUAGUAGGCUAACUUUUUAAACAUUCCACAAGAGGAAGUGCCUGCGGGUUCCUUUUUUAGAAGCUUUGUGGGUUGAUUUUUUUUUUUUUUCUUUUCUUUUUUGUACAUUUUUAAUUGCAGUUUUAAAGUGAAUCGUAAGAGAACCUCAGCAUUGUGCACGAUAAGAGAAUGUGUCAGUAUUUCAGGGUUCUACAUUUUAUCUGUAAAAUGUGACUUUUUUUAUCACAACAAAAGUAAAAUGUUGCUUUGUACCUGGUGUCUUUUAUUAAGCAUUUACUCCCCCAUUUCUCACAGAGAAUAACAGUCGGGAGUCAUUGUCACAAUAAAAUAGCAAUGUUAGCAGCCAGAUUCAUGGAAGGACUAAGGGGUCCUCAUGGAUUGCAUUAAGAUUCUGUACUGCUCAUGAUACACUCCAUCCUCUCCAGACUGCCUGCCGGGUGAUAGUGGACGGGUAAUCUCUGACAAAACGGGAAGGCUAUUUUUUUCUGUUUAACAAUGGAAUUGGCAUAAUUGGGAAUGAAGAUAAUAUUUGGAACCAAGAUUGAGAAGAUGGAGUGUAUGUAGAAGGGCUGUUUAAAAAUGUAAACUUGGUUGCAUUAUAUGUGGAGGCUCAAACUUGUGAAGGUUAAAUACCACAAAUUUUUCCAUUUGUUCUGCAUUUUGAUUCUGAAAAGAAAGCUGGCUUUGCCCAUUUCUUAUUAAAAAAAACUUGUUGUAAAUCCAGUUGUCUAAUGGGAUCUAUAUGAAGUUAGCUAUGUCUGUAUGCCCUUCUCCCACAAAUACUGUAUUACUAGUGUGCUUGUAGUAGUUAACUCCACCAUCUUUGUAAGCUAAUGAAAUUGUGAGUCACCCAUUUAUAUCUUAAUUUUUAAUCAUGUCAGUUCUUGAAUGGGUAUCUCCUUAGCCUGCUGAUUUCUUUUUCUUUCUAAAGAAAGUGGGUGGAGAAAUUAAUUUAGACGUUUGUUUGCAAUAAAAAGAAUUCAUUUUACUCUUGUUUGGGAUUCUCGCCAUCAAGGUCUAAAUCCCUUUAUAGUAUGACUCCCAAGAGGAGAAAUUUUAAGUGUGUGCUUUCUGGACAGCUUAUUCUUUACUCUGUACUUUGGAACAUUUAGGUUUUAAAAACUUAAAUGUAUACUGAUUGAUUUUAUAAAGUUGAAUUUGUCCCUUCCCCUCCCCCCAAGACUGCUUUUAACAAUUAUGAGGGGCAAAGGUACUGGCUGGGAGAAGUUAAUGUUCAAUUAUCAUGUUCAUGAAAUGUGAAUGGCUGUCCUCACCUGAUAAUAUACAUAUGAUACAUGAAACUUUGGGAACAGAUGCUUUUAGAAGCCAUCAUGCAAGCCAGUCAUUGAUUUCACUACUACACGAUGCUGCUAACUUAACUAGCUAUGUGAUAAAUUAGAUCCCCUAUUUGUAAUUUUAUUGGGUUUGCACAGAACACUUAAAUCUUGUAAAGGACCCUCACUGUGUGAAGUGGGGAAUCAGGAGUCAAACUGUAGAACUAAAAUUAGAAUUUAGUCUAGUUAGUGUUUUUAGCCUGCUUCUGGUAAGUUCAGAUUUUCCUGUAUUGUUGAUUGCUGUAGUACUUUGUUUUAAAUCAGAUUUUUUUUUAAUACUAUAUAAUACUCUAGGAAUUGCUACAGGCUAGUUUCUGCAAACAGGUUGCCUCAGAAAUAACACUACAAAGUAGUUCUCGGCUUAGUUAACUCCUAUAAACCAUUGGUAUGAGUAUCUACCCUGUAUACAUAUGAUUAUAUAUUCCUAAUUCUGGGAGCAAUUCAAUAUUAAUCCUAAUGUUCUAAUCCGUGCCUUCCAAAAAUCUUGCACAGACCUAGCACUAGAGACUCAUGGCUACAAAAAAGAGUCAAAUGACAAAGUAGAACAUGACGCAUGCAUUGCCCGAAAAAUUGAACGGGAGGGAAAGAUUGCUAUCUGAAGUGAUCUCACUAGUUACAUCUGUACAUGUAGGUUUUCUUUAAGAAAUGGAAAAGAGGGAAUCCAUUCAAAAAUUGGAAAAACGACUUAAGUUAUUAAAAUUCCCAAAUAUUGAUAGGAUCAGACCCGAAGGAAAGAAUUGACUUGAUUUUUAAUUAAGCUGGGCAUGAUAGCACAAGUCUGUUCAAUCUGCAGAGGGGCAAAAAGGAUACAAGCUAGAGGGCAGCCUGGGCUACAUACUACAUUGUGAGGUUCUCUAAUUCAGUACCAGCAGAGCCAAAAGCUGGGGAAGGUGGCUGCCAUUGUAGAUCAGUGGUAGAGCACUUAUUAUCAGCACCUAAGAGGUAAUAAAUUAGUUAACAUUGUUACUAGGAAAAUGGUAUAGAUUAAUAGCAAAGAAGCGUUCUCACUAAUGUAACUACAAGUCUAUAGACUAUUUCAAUGGCAAAUAUUUUAAUCACAUUUCAGUGGUAUUUUAGGCAGUAUGCACUUGGGUGUGAAAGCCUAGUUCUGUACAUCAAUGUAAAUAUAAUUGAUUUUUUUUAAAUGUAGAAUAAGCUUAAACUAAUUUCUUUUUCACAUAAAUGUAAUAUAUUUUUUAUUAAAGUGAACAAAAUUUGUAGCAGAUAACUACACUCCAGCAUUCAUUCUUCAGCUGUUUUCUGUAGACAGAUUAGCAACAGUACUUUAACCUAAAGCUAUUUUAAGAGUGUUUUUUUUUGUUUGUUUGUUUUUCUUUUCCUUCUCUAUAUUACUCUGGUGCCUGGGUCAGUACUCGGCAAUGCUUGAUAGUUUUGUGGCUUGUCCAAAACACUCAGUUGCUCUCAUGGGGAGCCUUUUCCUUGUAUGAUUUUUAGCUUGGCAUUUGAGCAAAUAGAGUAGAUACAAGGCAUGCUUCAAACAAUACUAAAAUGGGAAGUUCUAGGCAGUCUGUAGGGUUUUUUUGCUUAUUAGUACUUGGUAUGGGUACAUGUUUAUGAGAGAGGUAUUCAAAGAACUUUGUCUAGUUGGAGUGAUCUUUGUCUCACCAAUCCUUGUCACUAACCUUUUCUUUUCUGAAGCCCUUGGAGCUGUAGUGCUUAUUGAAGGAGAUAAUGCAGCAUUGGUAUAGAUUAGUGGGUAGAAUCAGGAAUCCUUAAGUGGAUGCUACUUUAUUUGCAAAUUUAUGGGUUUGAUGCCAAAUAGGUUGAAAGUAAGAACUUAGGAAGGAAUGAUAUUGAUACAUUCUUAUCUUUCCCCAUUGCAUAAAAGUACAGGAGACUGAAUAUUGAAAUGCUCUAGAAUUUCACUUAAUUUGUAAGGAGGAAUUCAGAAGGCAAAACUGUAUAUAAUCACUUAGAAAGUGAAACAUCUUACAAACCCAGUGCUGGUAGGCUAGUAUGUGUUAAAUAUAGUGAUAGGCCAGUAACCUGUUUGUUACCAGGACAUUAGUUUGUAGUCACUGCCUAAAUACAUACAAACUUGGGAAAGAGGUCUUUAUGACAAAAUUUAGUCUGAAUCAAGAGAAGUGAAUGGAGAGGUUUGCUUUUUAACAUUGCUGAUCAUGCAUAUAGGGAACUUACAAUGUCACUAAUGGCAGUUUAGGGUAUUAUAUAUUCUGCCUGUAAAAACCUAAGAGGUUCUAGGCAUUUCUUUGGAUAACUGAACACCUUAUGUAGCAAUGGCAUAAUGCUAUGUCAACUAAUAUAAGCUAAUCUAUGAAAUCUACUUGGGUUUGAGUCUAACAGCUGAACUGCUGUUGGGUUAUUAGUUAAUCUGUUUCCCUUUAGACUGUUUUUGAGAUGAUAGAAAGUAGUUUAUUCACUUAAAAAAUCUAACAUUUUAACACAUAUUUUGCCAAAAAUUGAAGCCAAAUCAAAAUUUGAUGGGAAUUGAGGUAUUAAAAGCAUACCUAAAUGCUUCCAGUUGUCAGCUGAGUACUUAGCUAAUUGAGAUGGAAGAAUCAUGGACAAUAAGAAUUCAAGUGAUCCAGCAUACUUCAUUUUCUUGUUAGCUUAGAAAUAAAAGCAAUGUGUUGAUUUAAAUUUCAUCUCCUUUUUCUUAGUCUGUCCAUGUGAAUGUGCUGUGUGAAGAGUAAAGGGGGCCCAACUAAAUGUGUUCCAGUGAUUCUAAUAGGUAUUCAAAUUAAUUGCUGCUUGUAUGUUUACCAAUUAUGCUAGGUUUCCAGGACCACCUUAUACAAAGCUAUUGGCAACCAAAUGGACAGGAAGAUUCUGGAAGAUUUUCUGACUUUACCUUUGUAUUAUCAGAAGUAAAGUGUAAAGACUAUAAUCAAGUCUAAGCUUUAAAGACACCCUCAACAGUGGUCCUUAGGGGACUUUUCUGCCCUUGCUUCCAGUUUUUCUCCUGGCUUGACCAGACUGUGGUAGUGAAGUGAAUACAUUUUUAGAAGUCCAAAAACUAGAUAAGAAAGUCAGACACUAAAGUUAAUGGGAAACUUGGCUUGAGUUUCCCUUAGAGCUUUUACUAUUGUAAAACAUAGAUUAAGUUUAGGUGAAGUCCAUGAGAGGGCUUGUUUUCAGUUUUGAUGGCAACAGUUAUAUUUGGGUUUGUGCAGCAAAAUAGCUGUUCCCUCAAAGGCAACCUAAUUGGCUUUAAGAGUAGGCAGCCAAAGGUUUAUUGAGAAAAACAAAGUUGUAGAAAAUCUAUUAAGACAGACAUGUCUUAUCUCCAUGAUAAAGAAGCAUUUGCUAGGGAGCAUGUUUCUUUACAGUAUAUGCAGAUUAUUCCUCUUAAGGAGUAUGCCAUAAACAGGGACAGUAAGCUCUGUUACAUUUAGAAAUGUUUAUCAUUUAAUUUUUAGUCAAUGUCUUCAUUAGAAACUGGAAGGGUAGAGUAAAUGUAGUGUUAAAUACAACUUUCUACCUAGUACUUUAUGCUAUAAACUGUAAUACAUUGGAAAAUAUCCUAAUUUUUCCUUGCUGCAACAGCUUUGCUCUCAAAUAGUUUAAAAUAUUAAAAAUUGAACUUAAUUUAACAUGUAUGUAGUACCAGUAUUUGGGUGGUAGUAGUGGAUUCUGGCUAUUAUAUUCACCUGAUACAAUAAUUAUUUAAACAUUAACCUGCUUCAAAAUUGAUUUUAAAGGACUGUUACAAGUCAGAAUUUUAGAAAUUGUUUAAUCUUCCUAUUUAUUAAGGUCUGCGUACCCAAAGAAUAGUAUAUAUUUAACAUGAUUUCUAAAAGGGUGCGUUGACACCUGUCAGAUUUCUAUCUAGGAAUAGAAGGAUUCAAACCCUAUUUGAUCCUUAGCUCUUUGCUGAAAAGUGCAUAAACAGGAAUCCUGAAUUUAUUAUAUAGACCUCCGCAUUAUAUAAUCGAAGCAAAGGGAAACCAUCGAUGGAGUUAGAGGUACGUAGACUAUAAAAAGAUGCUUGCAAAUCAAAUACUGGUUUUAGCAUAGUUGCCAAACUCCAGUAAGUCACAAGUCCAGAAAAAAAGCUGUUCCUAUUAAAUCUCCCUGAGGUCCUUUUACUAAGAUGGAAAAAUAAGGAGUCAAUGAGGGGAGGGGUUGAGGGAAACAGGGAAAGGAAUUACAGCCUAGGAAUGGUAGAUAGCUACCCCAGAACUUUAAAAUUACUAACACUACAAUUCUAUUUUAAUCAGCUUUUUGGCUGGUACCUACUGCUAUGCCACCUAGUAUGACAUUUCGGGAUUAUCGAGACAAAGAAGCGGUGUACAUGGAGGGCAUAGAAGUUGUGCUGCUGUGAAAAUGAAUUUGUAAGUAGUGAAGAUGUUAACCAGCCAAGAGAGGUCUCCCUUUCAUGGUAAGAUAUUAAAGCUGGAAGGAAUUCAAAUCUCUGGUUUUUCAUAGUGAUGCGGAUAAGAGCAUACGUACACUGUCCACACAAACUCAACUCAAUAAAAUUGGGGUUUCUACCAGAUGAUAACUUUUCAGUGCCCACCACUGGCUGACAGUCACACAAUUCUCUACACCCUGGCCUUCAUGGUGAUUAAAGGAAAGCAAUCUUUUCUGUUGAAGGAUAGGUGAAGAACAAAAUUGUCAAGGUUGGCUCAUCUUGACACAGUCUAGGGCCAGUAAUGGAUAUAAAUAUCCUUGCUUGGGUGUGAUUUCUCCUUCAGGCUGAUGGUACUUUUUGUGAACAUUAAUUAAGCUGACACCUUAGGAAGGUUUUACAUUCCAUGUUUUUGGCAUGGUCUUAACAAACAUACUGUACUGGCAGUAAAGAACAAGGAUUUCAUGUAAAAUAAUACAGUUCACACAUGAGAUUUUUAAUUUAUGGUUGGUUCACAAGUUGUUUGGGUCCUAAAGCUGAUUGAGGUUGCUUAGCUGCUGUUGUUGGUCUUCAUUCUUCUUUCAGGGUCAAGGUGGGUGCUUUCAUAUAAAAUCUUAUUUUUUAUUCCUUCUCUGGCAAUUCUUUCCUGGAUCCUUUGCUUAGCAAAAUUAUAUCUACAGUGGAACCUUGUAAGAAAGAAAAAAAAAUGAGUAAGCUACUAGUUCCUAUAUGAGCAACCUAAGGAAUUCACAGAUUUCCAAAAUGCUUAUAAAGAGGACUAAAUUUAAUUUAAUUCUCUUUAUAACUACACAGGACAUAGAUUUCUGUCAUUGUACCUGUUACAGAACACUAGAACUCUUGGGUCUGACUCACUCAAAACUUAAUGGAAUUCUGCCAUCUGUUAAACAUUCGGUGGGUAAUGAUGGAGGUUUAUAUAUUGCCAUAGUAUAGAUUUCCAGCAAAAAAAAACAAAACUGACUGGUGGCUCAUACUUUAAUCCCAGCACAAGUACACAGAGAGUGUGCGCGUAUAUACACAUCCGUGUUUAUUGAAUGAAUCCUGUUACUUAUCCUGACUUUAACCAGGAAACAUACCAGUAUCCUAAGGUCACCAGGAUAAAUCCUCCUACUCCAACAUCACAUGAUCUUCUAAUUCUACCUAUUGGGAAAAGCAUGGUCAGCACAAAUUAUGUGUAGAGAACCUUAUAGUAGACCUGUUUUUAGUUAAGAAAAAUACUCACUGGUCACCAAAAAAUGCCCAAGUCCAGUCACAAUAGAUCCUAAUGAGCCAUAGAGUAUAGAUUCUCGAGCACAUGGAGUGUUCUCGACAUCUAAAAUACCUAGGAGCUUGAAGGUCUAGGAUAAAAUGAAAAAGAAUUUAGCCUAAACAAGAAAAUAGCUGGAUUCCCAUUCAAUUUUGAAUUACCACUCAGCCAACUUAGUGUUCUAAUCUGCCACUUAAGGAUUUACUUCAGCAUUUGAAAUAAUGAGCAUAGUGAUUAACCUCUAGCAUGAAGUGACCAGUCUUCCAAGGACGUCACUCAGCACUGGCUCAGAGAUGGGGGGGGGGUGUCAAAACUAUUUUUCACAUUGUGUUCAUGCAAGUCUUUGACAUCUGGUGGUUUGUGACUGUAAUGUAAUCCCAGCAAUCAGGAAACACAGCAAGAAGAAACACAACCACAUUGCUGUGAAUUGGAGGUCAGUCUGAGCUCCGAAAACACACAACUUGCAUGUGUGAAAAGAAGCCAUUCAUUCUCUAUUGUAUCCCAGCCCCGGAAACACAUGUUUUCUGCAAUGUCACUCAAUGCUUCUAGAGGAUGAUUGCAUAAGAGAUGAAACUUACACUGAUGGGGAAUGGAGUAAAAGAAAGACAUGUUAGAUUCGGUUAAAGAUAGGGUAGAGCUGCACUUCCCUUAGCUCAAGGAUCUGCCUGAACGUGUAACCUGGUUUUCAUUAAAGUAAAAUUGUUCUUUCACUGA